AUGACUCCUCCUCCGUCUGAGAUACAUAUCAUCUUAUUGAUCCAGCAAAGUUCUGAUCCCAAAACUCGAAUUUGGAGUGACCAUUGCAGUGUACGAUCGGCCAUUGAAUAUAUAAUUGGUGUCUAUUCCACUGGUCAAGAACAUCCAAACCAAGAAUUAAUGAAUAUCUCCAGUUUCUAUGCAUUCUUUGACGAGAUUUACGAUUGCGUGCCGUUGGUAUAUGACCGUCAUUUUCGUGCUUAUAUUCCUCAUGAUAAGCAAUGGUUAUUGUUUCAAGCCCAAGAAUACAUGAAGGCAAACAAGCCUAUCGUUUAA